ACCCCCCUCAGUGUCUUUCUCGAGGCCCCUUCGCCCACAUUUUCUGCUCACCACAUGCGAACCGCGCAGCGAAACACACUGGCGCCAAGUGGAUGUAUAGAUAAAAACCAAUUGGAUAUGUAGUGUUGCCCUCCAACACAUGUUCACGGCGAAACCAUUCAUUUCUAUAUAAGCGCUCGUACAUUUGCUUAACUUUUCAGUUCAUAUACUAAAUAUCACGGAACGGCAAACUUUUUACCCGCGAACACAACUUUUCUCACCCAGUCAAGUCAUUGACGGAUUCACACCGAAAAAAAAAAAUUGGUUCACACCCCGCGAAUUUUAACUUAAUCGGGGAGAAAUAAAAUAUUUGCACAAUCAAAUUAAGAAAAUAAACACACAAUAUUUAUUACUAAUUUUUAAUGAUGGAAAACACAAUUUGCAGUGAGGUUCACAGUGAAAUUCGCAGAGGCGAGACGUGAUCAACUCUGUGGCCACUUCUGGCAAUCGAGCGCGAAAGGCCAACAAGAAAAAUUUGCUACCAAGAAGUGUUAAAAGAAUUUGAAAAAAUAAAUUUGGUUAUCAUUUGGCAAAAGAGCAACUUUUUUCUCUCUGUGGGCAAUGAACAAACAAGGACUAUUCACAAAUUCUUUAUGUCAAUACAACGCGCGCGCAUUCAACUUUACGUAAUUAUAAAAUACGUACACAAGACGAAUAUAUGUUAAUUGUUGAUUGACCAAAAAAAAAAUCUCGCAGUCAAUUGCAAUAAGUGUCAAAAAAAUCGAUCGCCGCCCAGUGAAAAUUGCUCAAGUGCACAAGAGAACUGCAAGGUGGAAAAUAUUCUACACGCGCAGAGAGAAAAACCCGUGAAAGAAAUUGCCUUCUGGCCACUUGUGUGAACUUGAAAUACAGCAAAAAUCGUUGAAGCUCGCGUGAAGUUGAGACAUCAACCCAAAGUGUGGUGAAUUGCUUCUCACAACACCACACAAUAAACUCAAACCCAGCAAUCUUAACUCUGUGAUUGCCAUUCAAACACAAUCCGUUGGAAUUCUCAGUGCAAGUGUGCAUAAGUAAAGACAAAAUCCUUAAGACAAACUCGUCAAGAUGAGUGGAAAUCAGAGGCAUGGAAGUCAGAGUGGAAUGGGGAAACUCAUGGAUAAAAUCAAGAAAAUCACCAGUGAUGGGGAUGAUUCCCAUCACGGUUAUCAACGUGUUGAAGCUGAGGACGGAACACUGUCCACAUCUGGCACAUCCACGAGUUUAGACACAGUCUUGCUGGACGCCACAGAUCCACUGAGUCACCAGCCGACACGACAAGUCAGCCUCCCGCCAGCCAAGCAAAAGUCUUUCGGGACGAUCUUCGAGGAGAAUGAACUCGCGCGCUCACUGAAGCAACUGCGCGCCGCACAGCUGUCGGGGCGCGAUCAGGAGGAGCCCGGUGACACCAGUGACGAGGAGGACGACUUCGAUGAGAGGCGCAAUCACUUCCAGAAGAGCCCCAAAGCGAGCAGCGCCGUAGGCGAUCCCAAGAGCAUCCUCAAGGACCUCAAGCACAUCCGUGAUACAGACAAACGACAAGAUUUCCAGUCCAAGAAGCAUGUGAGCCUGGAUCUGAGGCACACGCGCUUCCUGGAGAGCAUCCUCAAGGAGUCAUCGUCAGAUGAGGAGUUCAAGGACAACAGGAAGCACUUCCAGGGCAGGAAGCACCAGAGUCUAGACCCAAAAGUCACCUUCAAGUUCGACAAGGAGCCAGCAACGAGCAGUGACGAUGAUUACGAGGCCGAAGUGAAGAGUCUGAUUCGCGAGAAGCGCUACGACAGCAACUCCAUUAUCAUUGACCUGAAGGAUCUAUCCAGUGAGGACGAGGACCUCAUCGAUACGCGGAAGAACUUCCAACAGCAGCGCCAAAUUAGUAUUGAGUCCAGAAAGAGCGCGAGAUACUUUGAAAUGGACGACAUGAGGAAGAAGGACGAAAAUCUGCGGAACACAAUUCCAUUUGUCCGACAAAUCACCGAAGAUGGAAAACCUAUGCUGGAAAUUUAUCGGCCAACAACGAAUCCCAUCUACAUUUACACUCAGAUCCUCGCUGCGCUCUCCGUCUCCAUGGGAUCAAUGGUGGUGGGCUUCGCAUCGGCCUACACUUCGCCAGCCUUGGUCUCCAUGCUGGACCGCAAUCAGACAUCCUUCGACAUGGACAUCAAUCAGGCCUCUUGGGUUGGUGGAAUAAUGCCACUGGCUGGCUUGGCGGGCGGAAUAUCCGGAGGACCCCUGAUCGAGUACCUCGGCCGGAAGAACACAAUCCUCGGCACGGCAAUUCCAUUCAUCGUCUCUUGGCUGCUAAUCGCCUGCGCUUCUAACGUCUGGAUGGUGCUCGCCGGUCGAGCUCUUUCCGGCUUCUGCGUGGGCAUCGCCUCACUCUCCCUUCCCGUCUACCUCGGUGAGACUGUCCAGCCCGAAGUGCGCGGCACUCUGGGCCUCUUGCCGACGGCCUUCGGCAACAUCGGCAUUCUGCUGUGCUUCACCACCGGCAAAUACCUGGACUGGUCAAGCUUAGCCUUCCUCGGCGGCGCCUUGCCAGUUCCCUUUCUCAUCCUGAUGUUCCUCAUUCCCGAGACGCCGCGCUGGUACGUGUCGCGCGGUCGUGAAGAUCAAGCGCGCAAGGCGCUGCAGUGGCUGCGCGGCAAGGAAGCCGACGUGGAGCCCGAAUUGAAGGGCAUCAUGAAGUCCGCCAAUGAAGCCGAGCGAUCAGCCUCACGCAACGCCAUCCGAGACCUUCUGCAGCGCAGCAACCUGAAGCCACUGCUCAUCUCCCUGGGUCUGAUGUUCUUCCAGCAGUUGAGCGGCAUCAACGCCGUGAUCUUCUACACUGUGACGAUCUUCAAGGACGCCGGAUCGACCAUCGACGAGAAUCUCUGCACCAUCAUUGUGGGCAUUGUCAACUUCGGUGCUGUCUUUGUCGCCACAAUCCUCAUCGAUCGCCUGGGCCGCAAAGUUCUGCUCUACAUCUCCGACAUCGCCAUGAUCAUCACACUGAUGACGCUCGGCACAUUCUUCUAUCUGAAGAAUCACGGCACGGACGUGAGCAAUGUGGGAUGGCUGCCCUUGGCCAGCUUCGUGGUCUUCGUCGUGGGCUUCAGUCUCGGCUUCGGACCCAUUCCAUGGCUCAUGAUGGGUGAAAUCCUGCCCGGGAAAAUCCGUGGCUCGGCAGCUUCCGUCGCCACCGCCUUCAACUGGCUCUGCACCUUCAUCGUCACGAAAGCCUUCGUGGAUCUUGUUGAAUCAAUCGGGCAACACGGUGCCUUCUGGAUGUUCGGCGGGAUUUGCUUCGUUGGCGUCUUCUUCAUCAUCUUCUACGUGCCGGAGACCCAAGGAAAGUCCCUCGAGGACAUCGAGCGCAAGAUGAUGGGUCGCGUGCGAAGAAUGAGUUCAGUGGCCAACAUGAAGCCACUGUCAUUCAACAUGUAGACCAAACUAAUGGUCAAGAAGCCUUCACGAAAGGUGCUUUAAACGUGUCAAUCCUCAAACCCACAUUUGGGUAUGAAUUUACGCAAUUAUUGUUUUUCUUUUCUAAACAACAACAACAAAAAUCAAGAUCGUACCUCGAUGAGAAACAAAUUGCCUUACUAAGUGUUAGAAAAAUGUUUUUGACAAAAGAAAACGAGGAGAAAAAAUUGAGAGAAAACUUAAUAUAUUUUUGAGAAAGAAAAAUUUUAUCUACGGAAAUAUUUUUAGGAGAGUCUUUUAUCAUUAGUAAAAUGUGUACAUUUUUUGUGAUGCAAGAUUUUAAUGGGAAACUCGUGGUGAAAAUUUGAUACCAAAAUUUUUAUUAUUAUUAGUAAAUUUGAAUGUUAAUGUGACAAAAAAAAAUUAGGUACAAUUUGUAUGAAAAAAAAGACAUUUUUAUACGCACUAUUCGUAAUUGAGAAAAACAAACACACACACACAAAACACCGAUCCUUUUUGUACUUAUCGACGUACAAUGCAAAUAUAUGGAGAAAAGCAAAGAUUUUAUACGUAAAGAGAA